AAGACAUUUAUCCAAACAAAUUUGUUAAAAAUUAUAUCAAAAAAAAGAAAAAUAUUUAAAUAAUAAAAUAAAUAGUUAUUAAUAAACAAUAAUAAUGGAUCCAGCUUUGUUAAGGGAGCGCGAAGCGUUCAAAAAACGGGCCAUGGCCACGCCAACUGUGGAAAAAAAGGCCAAAGUUGAAACAGUGUCUGCGCCACCAAAAGAUGACGCCAAAAAGAAAAUGCGUCCACCUACGGCACCAAAGUUGGACUCGAAUACAUAUAAAACAAUGUCAGGAAGUUCGCAGUACAGAUUUGGUGUUUUAGCUAAAAUUGUGAAACAUAUGCGUACAAGACAUCAGGAUGGCGAUGACCAUCCUUUAACGUUGGAGGAAAUUUUGGAUGAAACAAAUCAACUAGAUGUAGGACAAUCGGUUAAAAAUUGGUUGGGAACCGAGGCUCUCAUGAAUAAUCCCAAAGUAGAAGCUACUAUGGAUGGUAUGCGUUUUAGCUUCAAGCCAGUGUAUAAAAUUAAAGAUGGCAAAAGUUUGCUGCGUUUACUAAAACAGCACGAUCUUAAGGGUUUGGGUGGCAUUCUUAUGGAAGAUGUACAAGAAUCCCUGCCUCACUGCGAAAAGGUUUUAAAGAACCGAGCAUCGGAAAUUAUAUUUAUUGUUAGGCCAAUAGACAAAAAGAAAAUUUUAUUCUACAAUGAUCGUACCGCUAAUUUUGCUGUUGACGAAGAAUUUCAAAAACUUUGGCGUUCAGCAACUGUAGAUGCUAUGGAUGAUGCGAAAAUUGAUGAGUAUUUGGAAAAACAAGGUAUACGUUCUAUGCAAGAUCAUGGUCCUAAAAAGCCGGUACCCAAACGCAAAAAGAUUGCCAACAAAAAACGUCAAUUCAAAAAACCCAGAGACAACGAACAUUUGGCUGAUGUUUUGGAGAUAUAUGAAGAUAAUACAUUGACACUGAAAGGUGUUAAUCCCACAUAAGUUAGAUUUAAUCAUAUUGCUGUCCAAUCAUAAUAUGUCCGUAAAUUCCAUCGCAAAUUUAUGACUGAAAUUUAUUAAAAACAAUAAAGAAAUU